AUGGCCCCGAAGCCGCUUGCCGUACCCCCACAACUCUUGAAAGAGAUUGGCGCACCAGAACAAACCGGCGUCUUGCGAUCUAACAGACGGUGGAAGAGCCAGGGUCAGAACAGAAGAGACCGGCGAAAAGCUGAGAGGCAGUCGAAGAAGCAGCGGCAGGCCACAUCACGGAGGGAUCCCUCCAAACAAAUCCACCAACAUGUUGAAAGAGGUCAGAAGGAGGACAUUGACGAAGACUCUUCAAACGAUGGAAAAAAGACGCCGACACAGCAACGCCACGAGCAAUUCUCCCAUAAGAAGCGCAAGCGAGCAGACCUAGGGGAAACAAACGACAGCGAUGAACUAGAGCAGCCAGCAGCGGCGAAACACCCAUCCCGUAAAAUGCAAGAGAAACUGGCUAAGGACGAUGCCGAGAUUGAGCAGCUCGAGCGCAAGCUGGGGAUGAAAAAGGGCCGCAAGUCAUUGCCCAAAUCUUUCAAGGAUGACGGCCUGGAAGAUUUGCUAGGCGAUCUCAAUGAUGCCAGCGACUGGGAUGAAGUGGGCGGCAAGAUGAAGAGUGAGGCCGAAGAGUGGCUGGCUCAAAAACGUCAGAAGGCGACUGAAACACUUGCGAAAGCUCGGCGCGCUCCAGAAAGCGAGGGGGACUAUGAGGAUGAGGAAGACUUCAGCGACGAGCUCGAUUUUACUCGUGAUGACGACAGCGACAGCGACGGAUCUAAUGACGACGCCAUGAUUUCUGAAGAUGAUUCACAUGACCAGAGUUCUUUCGAAGGCAUUGAUUCGGGAGAAGAGGAGACGGCACAAGACACCAAACGCGUCAAAGAGAACCCCUAUCUACCUCCGGUUGCAGCCGGCACCCAGCUGCCAAAGUAUAUUCCUCCGUCAUUGCGAGCGAAGUCUGGCGGCGAUGCAGACGUGGAGGCUCAGAUCCGUAGGCAAUUGCAAGGCCCUGUCAACAGAGUGGCUGAGGCCAACCUAACCUCCAUUGUCGGCGAGAUCGAAAAAAUAUAUCAGAACCAUCCAAGGGGCCAUACCAACAAGAUCCUCACCAGUCUUCUAAUGGCUCAAAUCUGCGACCCCACGAGCAAGCCCGACACGUUACUGGUGCUAUCCGCCGGUUUCAUUGCGGCCCUUUAUAAGGUAAUCGGUGUUGACUUUGCAGCACACUUCCUCACUACGUCUGUGGAACGAUUCCAGGUCGAGAGAGAGAAAGCAAUUGCAAUGGCGGCUGAGCAACGGAUACCAACGAAAGAAACAUCCAACUUGCUCACUGUGCUAGCGGAAAUGUACAUCUUCCGCGUCAUUAGCAGCAACCUCAUGUUCGACUUUGUGCGGAUUCUUCUCGGCGACCUCUCUGAGCUGAACGCUGAGCUUCUACUACGAAUUGUGCGUGUAGCGGGCCCCCAGCUGCGCAAGGACGAUCCAUUGGCUCUGAAAGACAUUGUCAGCCUGAUUCGCCCGGCCGUGGCCAAUAUUGGGGAGGGCAACCUGACGGUUCGCACAAAAUUCAUGAUUGAAACAAUCAGUGACCUCAAGAACAACAAGAUCAAGGCCGGCGCACAGGAUUUGGUCAUUCUCAAUGAGCAUGUAACUCGCAUGAGAAAGGUAUUGGGAUCCCUCGACACGCUAAAGCUCAAAGCUACGGAGCCCCUGCGAAUUGGGCUCAAAGACAUCGAGAACGCGGAUAGGACUGGCAAGUGGUGGCUGGUUGGUGCCAGCUGGGCGGGUCAGAGUGCGCAAGACGCGAGGCGGGGAGACAACAAGAUCGAGGUGGCAGCUGGGCCAGAGUCCAGUAAGAGUGACGAUGGCGACGACGAUGUUGUUGUUGCAGAUGCUGAUGACCUGGCCACACCUGACUAUGCCCAGCUUGCUCGAGAGCAGGGCAUGAACACAGACGUGCGAAGGGCCAUCUUCAUCGCCCUGGUGGCAGCAGCCGACUACCAGGACGCCUUCAUGCGAAUUCUUAAACUGCGGCUCAACAAGUACAACCGACGCGAAAUUCCUAAUGUGCUGCUUCAAUGUUCGGGGGCACAACAGCACUACAAUCCCUACUACACCCUUGUGGCAAGGAAAUUUUGCAGCGACUCAAGAAUCAAGCACGCAUUCCAGGACACGCUGUGGACGUUGUUUCGCAGACUUGGCGAGCCCUUGUUUGGGGAGGAACCAGAGGAAGAGGACGAGGAGGCAGCAGAUGAUCGGCGGCUUAUCAACACUGCCAAGAUGGUGGGAAGUCUAGUUGCCGAUGGCUCUAUCGGGCUCGGGAUCCUAAAGCCUCUCAACUUGGCGUAUGUCAGGGAGACGACGAGUUUGUUUGUCGAGGUGAUGCUCAUCACGGUGCUCCAAGAGUGCAGCCGAGUCAAGAAUAAGAGCUUGGAGCAGGCCCUUAGCUUACCUUUGGGCAGCGGCUUGGCCCCAGCCCUUGCACGAAGCCUAGGCUAUUUCCUGCGCAAAAAGGUGCGAGUCACGGAUUUGGUUAGUAAUAAGAGGGUAACCAAGACUGUCAGAGAGGCCUGUAGAGUUGCUGAGAGGUUGCUAGAGAGGCCAGGUAUUGAUGCGGUAUAA